AUGUGGUCCACUGAGAGCAUGGAGCCAGAGAAAGCACACACCCAGAGCAGCUUCUUCAGCAAGGUGGAAGUGCCUGACCAUGCUCACUACAUCAUUGCCUUAUUCGUCUUUGUCAUCGGGACGCUGGGCAUCACUGGCAAUGCGCUAGUUAUGUUCGCCUUCUAUAGUAACAAGAAGCUCCGUAACCUGCCUAACUACUUCAUCAUGAACCUGGCGGUCAGUGACUUCCUCAUGGCUUUCACACAGUCCCCCAUCUUCUUCAUCAACUGUCUCUACAAGGAAUGGGUGUUUGGAGAAAUGGGCUGUAAGAUGUACGCAUUUUGUGGUGCCUUGUUUGGCAUCACUUCCAUGAUCAACCUACUGGCCAUCUCUAUCGACCGUUACAUGGUUAUCACCAAGCCUCUGCAGGCCAUGCACUGGGGCUCCAAGCGAAGAACCGCCCUGGCCAUCGUCAUGGUCUGGCUUUACUCUUUGGCUUGGAGUCUGGCUCCUCUUGUUGGCUGGAGCUCCUAUAUCCCGGAGGGCCUGAUGACAUCUUGCACAUGGGAUUACGUCACGUACACAUUGGCCAAUAGGAGCUACACUAUGAUGCUGUGCUGUUUUGUUUUCUUCAUUCCACUGGGAAUCAUCUUUUACUGCUAUCUCUUUAUGUUUCUGGCCAUACGCAAGACUGGCAGGGAAGUCGAGCGUUUGGGCACUCAGGUGAGGAAAUCCACCCUGAUCCAGCAGAAGUCUCUGAGGAGCGAGUGGAAGUUGGCAAAGAUCGCAUUUGUCGUCAUUGUGGUUUAUGUCCUCUCCUGGUCACCGUAUGCCUGUGUCACACUGAUUUCCUGGGCGGGGCAUGCAAACAUCCUGUCACCGUACUCCAAGGCUGUCCCUGCAAUCAUAGCAAAAGCCUCCACCAUCUACAACCCUUUCAUCUAUGCUAUCAUACACAACAAAUACAGGAUGACUCUGGCAGAGAAGUUUCCCUGCCUGUGGUUUCUGUCUCCCACUCCUCGGAAGGAGUGCAUCUCCUCCUCCAUCAGCGAGUCCUCGUACAGGGACUCCAUCAUUAGCAGACAGUCCACAGCAUCAAGGACUCACUUCAUUUCAGCUUCCUCUGACAUGGUAUUAAGGGAUGUAGAGAUGGAGCCUUUGGGAAGGAAGUCAGGUGCUUCCUUCAGAAGCCUGCCAUCAUACAGACAGUCUUCGAGAGGCAGGUCUUAUAAGAAACAAUUAGAGCGGAGGACCACCAAGACCCAGCUAGCAGAGAAGCACCCGUCCACCAUGAAUGAAUCAUUGAACAACCGUGACCAUGAACUGGUUUCCACCUCUCUCACAGUCGCCACUCUCCCCCUACUGGUCCUCACCAGGAAGCGCAGCCAGAGUCUGACCAAUGAGAUUUCAGAUGCACGGGAGAAGAAAGGCAGCAUCAGCGACUGCCACAAGAGCGACUCUUUUGACUCUCUGAAUUUUGGAAAAAUCAAGUGCACUGACCCCAUGUCGCCUCAGGGUGUCCCUCGCAUUAUCGUCAUCAGCCCCACGUCUGAGAGCAGCCUCAUCAAGCAUGACAGCAUCUGCUUAGAAGACAGUGUCGAGGCGAUGGAGAACAAUGUUUUUGUCAGCCUGAACUUCUCAUCUGAAGUCUUUGAGGCGGUGGAGCUUCUCUCUUGA